UUGCUCCAGGCAAAUUGCUCUUAGUUCUGGCUGCUCACGUGUUUGUAUACGAUAAAAAUAUAACCUUAAAACAACAUAUCAAGGUUAAAAUGGACAAUAGCAAAAUAUUCUAAUAACAAAAUAAUGUAAAAUCAUAUAGUUUUAAAAUUAAAUUUUAUUGAACAAAUAAAUUAUUAAAAAUGUUACGAAGACAAGCGCGCCUAAGGAGAGAAUAUCUCUAUAGAAAAUCGAUACAAGACAAAUUGAAAACUAUUCAAGAAAAGAAGGAUAAAAUUAAAAGAUGUCUUGAAGAAAAUAUUCCUAUACAUCCAGAUUUAAGAAAUUCUGCAUUAUAUUUGCAAAGAAAAGCAGAGUGGGAAGAUGCAGGUCCGGAGCUGGCAGCUUUGCAGGGAACGGAAAUGGGUGGAGCAGUCGGAUCAAACGAAGACGAUGAGUAUAGAUGGGCUGGAGUCGAAGAUCCUAAAAUUGUCAUUACAACAUCUCGUGAUCCAAGUUCAAGAUUAAAAAUGUUUGUUAAAGAACUCCGUUUAAUUUUUCCAAAUUCACAGAGGAUGAAUCGUGGUAAUUAUGAAAUGAAACAAUUAGUUCACGCAUGUAGAAGCAAUAAUGUCACAGAUUUUAUAAUUGUUCAUGAACAUAGAGGCGUACCUGAUACGCUAAUAAUCUGUCAUUUGCCUUACGGACCCACAGCAUAUUUUACAAUAUUAGAUGUUAUUAUGCGUCAUGAUAUACCUGAUAUUGGAACUAUGUCGGAACAGUAUCCCCAUUUAAUAUUUCACAAUUUCAAAACUAAGAUUGGUAUAAGAACAAUGAGUAUUUUAAAAUACUUAUUUCCUGUACCUAAGGAAGACAAUAAAAGAGUUAUUACAUUUGCCAAUCAUGAUGAUUAUAUUUGCUUUCGCCACCAUACAUAUAAGAAAGUAAAUGGAAAAGAUAUUGAACUAUCUGAAGUUGGACCAAGAUUUCAAUUAAAAUUAUAUGAAAUAAAAUUAGGAACGUUGGAUGCAGCCUCAGCGGCAGAUACUGAAUGGGCAUUAAGACCAUAUAUGAAUACCAGUCAUAAGAGGAGAUUUCUAUCUGAUGACGACGGAUGGCUACAAGAAGAUGAUGUUGAAUAAAAUAUUGUAUAUAUAAUUAUAUAUUAAGAACAUU